UGACAUUAAAAAUGGAGGAAGUAGACAAAAUUAUUGUCCACACUCUAAAAGGCAUUGGAUGUGAUGUGGAAGAUGUGCAAUCCUUGGUACAAUUCAGCACUGAGCUGAUCAUAGAGGCGACAGUCAGGUGUCUCAAGAUGAUUGAUCCCCAAACAGAUUUGCCAAUGACACUUCCCCCUGCCAUGGCAGCAAGAUUCCGCCUUGGUACAAGCCUUGCAUCAGCAAUCACAGAGCUUGGCUACAAGGGUGAGUUAGGCUACCAGACAUUCCUGUAUUCCAACGAAGCGGACAUUAGACGCGUCUUAAUGUUCCUAAUAGAGAAACUGCCAAGAGGUUCUGAGGAAAGCACUGAGGAAAUUCUGGGUGGCUCUGCAGUGCUGUAUCGAUCCAUAGCGUCUGAAUUAAGCAAGCGUCUCUCAAGUCCAUGGACUCCUCCUCAAUGCAAGAAUAAGGGAGUUGUUUGGCGAGGAAGUCCCCCUACUUGGCAUAGAGAGGGUUGUUCCUCUGUGAGAGCAUUCAGAUCUGCUCACCUGUCUUCCCCUCAUGGUCUUGGAGACCUCACCAAGAAAAUACCCAAAGAUGUUAAAACAUACUACACAAAACACAUGCCAUAUAUUUUAACCCAGCCUGUACAUCGAGAUGACCUUGCAGCGUCCAUCUUGGAAAACAACGCCACCUAUCUGACAGCACAACAUGAAUGGGAUCAGGAGUGGAAUCAGCUUGGUCUUGCCUCAAGGUUAACGAAGGAGGAGUAUUUAGCGAAAAAACGAGACCGACUUCAAAAACGAAUCAAGGACAAUAUCAAAGAAUCUGUGAAAUUAAAAGAAAAUGCACAGAAAACUCCUCAAGACUUGAAUGAUAUCAUUAACAGCAUUAGUGAAAGGUCAGGACUGCAGGGCAAAACUAAAGGCUCAAGGUUUACUCAUGCAGAAAAAUUACAAUUUACACAGGAUGUCCCAGGCAGCCAAAUGACUGUUGACCCUACUGCUAACACUGAAGAGGAAUUGAAGGCUAAACGUGAGGAAGAGAUUGAGAAACUUCAAGAACAACUCGAAAGGAUUGCCACUGAUUUUGAGAAUUUAGAUAUUGAGAUAAGAAAGUUUACAGCAAGCAGUCAACAGAUGGAAGAGAUCAUCGCAACUGAGGCCACCAAGAACAAAGAGAAAGAAACUGUAUAUAAAGUGAAGAAAAGAACACUGGACCUUUUACCUGAUGCUGAUAAUAACAUAGCAAAAUUACAGUCAGUGGUGGACACAAGUGCUCAGCGAUUGGUCAGUUUAGCCAACCAAUGGGAGAAACAUCGGGUUCCUCUAGUGGAGAAAUAUCGGGAGAUGAAAGCACUUAAUGAAAAUAGAGAGUCUGAAGCUGAGAAAAAGUUGGAAGAAAUUAAAGCAUUUAGAGAAAAGAUGAAAGAUGUCGCUGCUGAUGCCAGAACUAAAGAAGAUAUUUAUAAACAAUUGGUUACAGAGUAUGAACGUAUGACAAAGGAUGUGAAUAGGUCAGCGUACACUAGGAGGAUCAUGGAAAUCGUCUCCAAUAUAAAAAAGCAGAAACAAGAAAUUGAUAAGAUUUUGAUUGAUACAAAAAGUAUUCAGAAAGACAUCAACCAAUUAUCUGGCAAACUAGACAGAACAUUUACUGUGACAGAUGAACUUAUAUUCAGAGAUGCCAAGAAAGAUGAGGCAGUAAGAAAGGCCUACAAGUAUCUUGCAGCAUUACAUGAGAAUUGUGACAUUCUAAUAAAGACUGUGGAAGAAACAGGGUUCGUUAUGAGAGAGAUCCGAGAUCUCGAAGACCAGAUUGAUAUUGAGACGAACAAGAAGGUUCUGGACAACCUGGACAAGAUCACAGCAGAUUAUAAACAAAUGAAGAAAGAAAAUGCACAUCUACUUGCCAAACUGAAGGGAAAAUAAACUGAAAUACUGACAUUCUUAUAAAGACUGUGGACUGUAUGUCAUGGUGGUCUUUUUUUGAAAUGAAAAAUUAAGAGGUUAAGAGUGGAAUCAGCAAGAAAUAAAGUAAACAGACAUAUAGAGAACA